CCAAAUCAGCUGUUUCGUCGUCUUGCUUGUCGCUGUGUCAAAUCGAGCCAGUCUGCGCUCUUCCUUAUGUUAGUGAUAGUGAUAACACUGUCUUAGCAAAGACCUGCACGCAAUAUACACCCAUAAUUAACGAGUGUCCGUUUGUUAAAACGAAUCUCAAAUAUAGCUUUUUAUUGUAUUUUUAUAAAAAUGAAAGGGCAGCCGAAACGCUACUGUGUGAUAGGAGCUGGAAGUUCUGGUAUAUGUUCGGCUAAAACGAUUCUGGAUGCUGGUGGCAACGUAACGAUAUAUGAACGAACGGAUCAAAUCGGUGGCACCUGGGUGUACACAGAUGAAGUGGGCAACGAUCGCUAUGGUUUACCAGUCCAUACCAGUAUGUAUGAAGGGCUGAAGACAAACCUUCCGAAAGAAAUUAUGGGUUUUCCAGGCUAUGAGAUGCCGGCACAGCCCGCCUCAUACGUGCCCUGGCACGAGGUGUUACAAUUCAUUCGAGAUUAUUCCGCGCAUUACGAUGUUACCAGAAGGAUCGCGUUUGAACAUUUGGUCGAAGAGGUGAGACCUGCUUCGGAUGAAACCGACGGAUGGAGUGUCACCGUAAGACACCUGCCUAGUGGAUUGAGAACAACUGAAAGGUUUGAUUUCGUGCUGGUAUGCAAUGGACACUACCAUACACCUGCCAUUCCGACGUAUCCCGGGGGCGAAUGUUUCCUUGGCAAGCAACUACACAGUCAUGACUAUCGCAAAUCAGACAUUUUCAGAGAUCAGCUCGUACUUGUGAUCGGUGCUGGGCCAAGUGGAACAGAUCUAACGAUUGAAACAGCGAAGAUGGCAAAAACCGUAUACUUUAGCCACCACGUACCAGAAAAACUGAAGCAACUAACUUUUCCUCCCAACGUGCUACAAGUACCGGACGUGCUACGGAUCUUGCCAGAAUGUGUGGAAUUCGUGGAUGGAUCUCAACAUCCCGUAUCGGUCAUCUUCUACUGUACAGGCUACCGGUACAGUUUUCCCUUCCUGCAUCCAGACUGUGGCGUGCAGGUGGACGAUAAUUGGGUGCGACCGCUCUACAAACACGUUUUAAACAUAAAUCAUCCCACGAUGGCUUUCAUUGGGUUACCUUUUUACGUUUGUGCCACGCUCAUGUUCGAACUGCAAGCAAGAUUCUGUGUUACGUUUUACGGUGGCCGUCUGCCUAUGCCGGACAGGGACGAAAUGAUGUCCGACCAUGAUCGUGAAAUGAACGGCCGAUGGGGUAAAGGGUUGAAAAAACGGCAGGCACAUAUGAUGGGAGCAGAAUAUCAAGGGGAGUAUUAUCAAUCCUUAGCACACCGAGCGCAAAUCGAAACCAUACCGAAGGUCAUGACGGAUAUGCACAUUGAUAGUGGAAGGCGAAAGAAAGAAGAUUUACAAAAUUAUCGAAAUGAUAUUUACCGCAUAGUGGAUGAAAAUACGUUUGUCAAGUAUGAUAUUUCGGAAGUUGUAUGUGCAUCAAACGAGUUAACUAUAGGGAGCCACAGUAGCUAACCGAGACUCAGCGACGCAACCAUGGCGCAACCAUCCGCGGUUCAUAUAAUUUGCGCUUCAUUAGGUGUGUAGUAGGUACACACAUAUAUACAAAUAGAGGUAAGAAAUUUUGAAACGCACAAUUCAGUUGUAUAUGCAUUUAUAUUUUUGGAUGUUUCUAAUAAAACGUAUACUUUUUGAUAAUA